AUGGGACGUGUGGCUGUCACUGCGCGCAGCCUGUCCCUGGCCACCUGCGGCCGCUGGGACUGGUCCAGGCAUGAAGCAGCUCCUACUUCCCAGGGCUGCAGACCACCCACGGCCGCCUACGGGUCCAGCCCCGAACCUUCUUCCAGGGGCAAGCAUGUGCAGGGCUGCAGUGGGACCAGUCCCACGGUGAGCGGCACCAGAGCAGCUCCGGCUGUCCCCGCAUGCGGCAGGGCCUCCGUGUCACUCACAGAACACACCUCAUACAGGAUUGAGUUUGGGGGCCGGAGACCCUGCCCUAGGCCUGGAGAUGCCACCCAGCCUGCCAACAGAACUGUCCUGUCCUCACAGGUCACCUCUGAACCCCCGGCCUCCAUAAGGAAAGCAGAUGACACCCCCUCCCAGCACCCCACGUCCUCUGAGAAGGACAAGCCGUCUGGCUGGCUGCGGACUCUGGCCGGCUCCUCCAGCAAGAGCCUGGGCUGCGUCCACCCCCGCCAGCGCCUCUCCGCCUUCCGACCCUGGUCCCCUGCGGUCUCUGCGAGUGACAAAGAGCUCUCCCCGCACCUCCCGGCCCUGAUUCGAGACAGCUUUUACUCCUACAAGAGCUUUGAGACGGGUGUGGCCCCCAACGUGGCCCUGGCACCACCGGCCCAGCACAAGGUGGUAAGCAGCCCGCCAUGCGCCUCCGUUGUCUCCCGGGCCCCUGAGCCUCUUGCCACCUGCAUCCAGCCUCGGAAGCGGAAGCUGACCAUGGACACCCCGGGAGCCCCAGGGACGCCAGCCCCCGUGGCCGUCCCGGAGGAUGACAAGGACUCGGAGGCUGAAGUGGAAGUGGAGAGCAGGGAGGAGUUCACCUCCUCCCUGUCCUCGCUCUCUUCUCCGUCCUUUACCUCAUCCAGCUCUGCCAAGGACCUGAGCUCCCCGGGCGUGCACGCCCCACCCGCGGCCCCCGCCGCCCCCGAUGCCACGGCCCCUGCUGACGCCCCAAGCAGCGGGCUGGAGGCAGAGCUGGAGCAUCUGCGGCAGGCCCUGGAGGGCGGCCUGGACACCAAGGAAGCCAAAGAGAAGUUCCUGCAUGAGGUGGUGAAGAUGCGGGUGAAGCAGGAGGAGAAGCUGAGCGCCGCGCUGCAGGCCAAGCGCAGCCUCCACCAGGAGCUGGAGUUCCUGCGUGUGGCCAAGAAGGAGAAGCUGCGGGAGGCCACAGAGGCGAAGCGCAGCCUGAGGAAGGAGAUCGAGCGCCUGCGGGCAGAGAACGAGAAGAAGAUGAAGGAGGCCAGCGAGGCGCGGGUCCGGCUGAAGCGGGAGCUGGAGCAGGCGCGGCAGGCUCGGGUGUGCGACAAGGGCUGCGAGGCCGGCCGCCUGCGGGCCAAGUACUCGGCCCAGGCGGCCAGACUGUCCGUGCUACUGGGCCGCGCGGUCCCUCUGCCUGGCCGCUGCCUGGCACCGUCCAUCCGAGGGCUGCCCCUCACCACUGUCUCCUGGGGUCUCCAGGGUGGACAGCCGUCUACCGCGGCCAGCCGGCGGUCCAGGGGCACCCCUGUUGGCAUGGACGUGGGCUGA